UGCUUCACGACUUCCUCCGCAUUUCCUUCCACGAGUCAAUUCGCCACUUUGAUCAAAACGCACACCGCCGUCAAUGAACACUUGGCAGACAUAUGUGUAAAUUAGGAUAGGCCUACAUUUUACACUGAUUUACGGGGUCACGUAUUGUUUAGUGGUGAUGUUUCCCUCUACCGCUCUACUUUCCGAGUUCAAUUGUCCGUUUUAUGCGCGCGGACAAUGUCAUCGGCCGUUUUGCAAAUUCCACCAUGUGGAACGUGCAGGCAGCGUGUCCCCACGAGGUUAUGAAAGACACCCGACAAUUUCCACUGAAACUCCAAGCACUGGAAAUAACAAUGAAGUCUGUUUGCUGGAACUUCAGAAGAUUAACGAACAGAUUGAAUCAGCCAAGUGUGAGGUUGAAGAACAGCAAAGAAAACUUUCCUACUACAGGACAAUAGGCACAGAGAAGAAGGAGCAGUCUCUGAUGUCUUCCUCUGUUUCUAAAAGUAAAAAUAAGACUACUGCGAAUAAAAAAAUCUCAAACAAUAAGUAUGUUGUGGGAAAAUCAAAACCACGGACUGAUUUGGAGUAUGAUCCCUGUUCUAAUUUUGUAUCUGGCCUAAUGUCCAGUGGUGCCAGGCCAUGCAAAGACAGUGCUCCUGCAAAACCUGAAAAAGAAAAUAGUCGAACAAGUAGUAAAGUAUCAAAAAAUAAUCAAAAUGUGGAUGACUCAGAAGAUGAACCACUUGUUAUUGAUGUUCCAAGUGUAGAGGAAGAACCACAAGAUAACAAGCAAGCAGAACAAACCCAAACAUCCACUGAAAGGGCUUUAACUGAAUCUCCACAAAAACUCAUCAGCAAAGCACAACGAUGUCAUGAUAUUGCUGGAAAUAUUGUGUCUCAGACAAAACCACAGCGAAUCCACGUGCCACCUUCAAGAAGUGAGGAAGAGUCCUACACUGGAAAUGGGAGAGUGCCUCCAAAGCCACCGCAGUCGGAUGUGCCUCCUCCAAAAAGUGAAGAAGGGGCAAACAUUAGAAGGACAGAAGCACAGACGAAGCACCUGCAGCUCAUAGAACCUCCCGCUGAAGGUGUAGGUGGGGCGGCAGACAUUGGAAGUGCGAGAGUGCACACAAAGCCAAUGCAGAUCAGUGGACCACCACAUGCAAAAAGUGUAGAUCCCCCCAUUAUUGGAUAUGGAGGAGAGCAGACGAAACCACAACAGAUACAUAUGCCUCCUGCAAAAGGUGUACAGGUAAAUGCGGCAAAAACUGGAAGUGGGAAAGCACUUCAGUGUUUCGAAAAGGACCAAAUCAAAAUGGUUUCUCCAGCACCACCAGUUCAACACCACCAGGCACAACAACGAUUAACAAUAGGCCUACCACCAGAUGUUGGCGUGGCAGCAACAGCCGGUGAGCACAGCGCUUUAACGGCUCAGCUGGACGAUGAUGAGAAGACUGACUUUUUUAAUGUUCUGGAAAGCCUGUGUGCUUCUUUUGACGAGUUUGAGAAUGAGUGUGCAACAGCUGGCGGCAUCGGUUUGACCGUGCCCAUUCAGAAAAUGAAUGGGAACAACCCAGAUGCCGUUUGUCAGGGAGAGGACCUGGAGUUAUGCAGUGGCUAUCAGGAGUUAAAGGUGCAGAUAGCCAGCCUGGAGAUGGCGUUGGGGGUAUCCAGCGAAAGUGACAAAUUCGCCACUACUUCUACUAUGCUUCAGAGCCGCACGCAACACAUUAUAAAUCCCGAGGGACACCUGCCACUUCCCAUCCCCAAAAUCGCCUCCUCUCUGCCUCCAGUGACGCCAGCACCACCCCGCAGUGAUCAGGGGGUUUACGGUGUGCCAAACGCAGGCUGGACAUCGGCGCAGCAUGUUCCAAAUGGGAUGCAUGUACAGGUAUCUAAGCCGGUGCCACGGUCGGUGGUGACUGGGCGGGGCAGUGGGGUGGGGGUGGGAGCGGGCCAGUGUCUAUUGCGCCCCCAACAGCAUACAGAUGCAAGGCUGGGGUCAAACCCUGGAGGAGGGCAGCAUUGUCUAUUGCGCCCCCAACAGCAUACAGAGGCAAGGCUGGGGUCAAACCCUGGAGGAGAGCAGCAGUGUCUAUUGCGCCCCCAACAACAUACAGAUGCAAGGCUGGUGUCAAACCCUGGAGGCGGGCAAUGUCUUGUGCGUCCCCAGGGAAACGCAAAUGCACAGGCACGUAUACCGUCAGGCCAACACCAAUUUCUGAUGGCGCAAAAUCCAUCGGUCCACUCCACUAUUGGGGCCCACAACCUUGUUCAACAAGCCACUCUUGCAUCCUACACACAACCAGCAGCAUCCGUUACGAUACCCAAAGGAAUGGUGGGCAAAAAUGGCGAGGCCAUUGUGAUUUCCUCAGAGUCUGAGGAUGACGAGCUCAAUUACUCAGACUUUGAUUUGUCUGAAAGUGAUCCCAUGGAGGAGUGCUAUAGAAUCUUUAUGGAGGGAAAAGCGGAGGACGAGAAGAACGACUCGAUCGUGCACAAUUCCCCAGCAGUUGCCGAUGAAACCGCUGAAGCAGCUAAAAUUGCUGAGGCAGGCGUGAAGGCAAACAUGGACGGAAUGGAAAAAGGCCAGAGGAAUAGGGUUGCCCACAAACCAAAGCCUGAGGAAACGGUCGGAGCUUUCCAACUGCCGCCGAAUGCGCACUUCAUUCUACCCCAGAGCCACUCGGCCGUUCCCGUCAUCGUGCCGCUGCUGUGCCCCCCACAGCAGCCUGCAGCAGCACUGCCCCAGCCCCUCCUGCUCACACAACCCAAACCAAUGCCAACCAAACGCAAGGCCAAAGUGAAGAGUGAAGUGGAGGUGAAAGUUCCUCACAAUGUAAGACAGCGCUACGUCAACAUGUUUGUGGAGGAGUUUUUGAAAACCUCUACCUCUGUGCCAGAAGCAUUUGAAAAGGCUCUAAUCGAGGAGAAGUCUGUGUAUGACCGCAGCAUCAACAGGUUAAAGUACCUGAGUGUAGCCGUGAACGCCCUGAAGAGGCUGAGGAAUCAAAGUACCACUUCCAGUACAGAUGGAGAUGGAACUAGCGUGGCUAUAAAGGAAUCCAAAGGCCACAUUUCACUCAAGUCCAGUUCGCUACAUGGAGCAGGAGAUCCUGCUCUUUAUGAGAGUUUGAAGGAGCACGUCCUGUCUGAUGAGGUCUUGAGCAAAAACAACUACCCACUGCAGCACCCCAACCAGGCCGGAUGUGCUGUGCAGUACGGAGAGGUCAAGAAGACUCUGAAUGAUGAACUUAAAAGGAUUUGCUGUCGCUGUGGAUCAACAUUCAAUGUCAACCAGGCAGGUAAACACACCCGCACAGAGGAGUGCACCUACCACCACGGAAGGGUCGUGGAGAACAAGGUGCCAGGCGGAGUGGAGACGCGCUACAGCUGCUGUGAGGGGGCGGUGGGCACCGCUGGAUGCCAAGUCUUCAAGCUUCACGUCCAUGAUACCUGCAGCCUUUCUGGAUUUGUCAGUACGCGCCCUACACCAUCAGAUGUGCCAUGCUGCCCAGGGAUGUAUGCCAUAGACUGUGAGAUGUGUUACACCACCCAAGGGUUGGAGCUGAUAAGGGUGACCGUGGUCAACUCCAGCUUGCAGGUCAUCUACGACACUUUUGUCAAGCCUGAAAGUGAAGUUAUCGAUUACAACACCAGGUUCUCUGGCAUAUCUGAGAAGGACGUCAAGGGCACCAGCGUGUCUCUGAAGGACGUCCAGAAGGUCCUCAUGACCUUCAUCAGUGCAGACACCAUCCUCAUCGGCCACGAGCUGGACCAGGACCUCUGUGCCCUUAAACUUCUCCACAGCAUGGUCGUGGACACGUGCGUUUCAUUCCCUCACCGCCUGGGGCCUCCACACAAGCUGGAGCUGCACAACCUCACCGCCGACUACCUGCGCAAGAUCAUCCAGGAGGGUGAGGAUGGUCGCGACACAGGGGAAAAUGCCACAGCCUGCAUGCAGCUCAUGCUCUGGAGGGUGAAGGAGGACGCUAAAGUGAGGAAGUGGUGAAAUAUGGAUGCCACUGCCAAAGAAUUUCUUAGUAGAGUAAGAUGAUUCAAGCUCUGCCCACCCAAUGCAAAGGAGUGUGCUCAACGUUUGGUCUCCUAAGGGGGCGUCUUUGUGUGUUAUUUGGUGACGGCUUGCAUAAAUUGUGCGCUUCCGCCAUCUACAGUGCCAAAAGAGCUCCAUUUAUUCUCAACCAAAGGUCUCCUAACCGAAGGUCUCCUAAAGGGGAGUUCACCUGACAUCACAUGGAGCCAGGAAAUGCACGGCAUUGAAUCAUCUUGCUCUGCUCUCUUUGUGGAUGCCAAUCAGAGAGGGGAGGUGGGAGGUACUCUCCCGCCCAGAGAUGGGUCCUCAUCAUCACACCUGUCGCAUCUGCCAUGGGGCACCACUUCGCAGACACAUGUCAAAAACAGUGCACUUCAUUAUUGUAAUUAUCUGUGAUAUAAACACCCCUGUUUUGCACUGUCAAAGUUUACAGUUUAGUUCCACUGAUGGUUAAAUGUUACAUUCAUGAAGGUGUGUUUACUUUAGGGGGAAUAAAGUCUAUGGUGGUGGUGGUGUUAUUGGAUGUGAUAUGAGCAUGAAAUGCCAGAAGGGCUAGAAGAUUGUCUUGUCUGUGUUGUAAUGAAGUUAAUAUUGUGGCAGUUUGUUUAUUUUUGUUCAUUUAAGUUAUUUUAUUCCUAAUUAUUUAUUUUUGUUGGAUAUGCCUAAUUUCUGUGUAAACACCUAUGUUGACUGCCAAAAGAUGGUACACUCAAAACAUCCAGCUGUAUCUAAGUAUUUAAUGGGGUUGAAUUAAAAACACUGACUUGA